UAAAUACUAAGCUCUCAAGCACACGUCAUGUUCACAACACUAAAUACACAACUAUGCUUGCACUUGAUCCAGACCGAUGUCGGGAGCUCUCUCAGCCUAAUCUGUUCGACUUCUCCGUCUCUGUCUUCAUUGUCGUCGGCAUCCUCGUGUCCUACCUCCCACAACAUUAUAAGAUCAUUUCCCGCCGCUCUUCUCGCGGACUGAGCCCGAUGUUUGUGCUCCUGGGGACUGUCUCGGGAACAGCAAGCAUCGCGAAUAUGUUGACGCUACCGGAGAGCACACAGGACAUGGGGUGCUGUAAGGAGAUCAGCCGUUUUGCAUGCGCUUCGGCUUUGCUUGGGAUUGCGCAGAUUGGCGUCCAGUGGACUUGUUUCUUCUUCAUCAUGAUGCUCUUUCUCAUCUUCUUCCCCCGAAACCUCCCCGAAGAAGAGGCAGAAGCCAAUAUGCCCACGUGGAAAGAAGCAAUCAUAGUUCUUGCCGCCUCACUCGCCUUCUUCAUCUUCGCCUUCCUCGGGUCCAUCAUCUUCGUCUACGCUGCAUCCUCCCAUCUCCGUGGCUGGGCAAACUUUCUCGGUGUCCUGGGCACCCUCCUUGCAGGCGUCCAAUACAUCCCGCAAAUAUUAAUGACGUGGGAACUGCAGGCUGUGCGCAGUCUGAGUGUCCCAAUGAUGUGUAUACAGACGCCCGGUAGCUUUGUAUUUGCCGCGAGUUUGGCUGUGAGGCUGGGGCCUGGUGGUUGGAGCGCUUGGGGCCUGUUUAUUUUCACAGGUUGUUUACAGGGGUGUUUGUUGGUCAUGAGUUUGUGCUUUUUAUGGAGAGACUGGAAGGCGAAGAAAGCUGGACCUGGACCUGGAAAUGGGGAGGCGCAUGGCAAUGGGGUAUUAUUGUAUGAAGGGGAGAGCGAGGAGACGCCGUUGUUGGGGAAUGACAGGGUUAGCGGAAGACCGUGAGUGGUUAGUGGUUAGGCUUUAGUGUUGAAGAUAAUCCU